UUUUUUCAACUUAACCUACAAAUUCACAAUGUCCAAAAUAUUCGAUCAUGAUUUAGACGAAGAAUUUAAUUUUAAGCCUAACAAUGAGUACGCCAAAAACUACGAUAAUUGGCGUAAAAAAGAGGAAUUAAACAGACUAAAAACCAAAUAUGGGGAGGAAAAUGUUAAUUUAGACGCUGAUGGAUCAUCUAGUUCUUCUGAAGACGAUGAAGAUGGUGUAGAAUUAACUAAAGAAGUCGAGAAAGAGUUUUAUAAAACCUUAUCUUGUUUAAAAAACAAAGAUCCUAGAAUAUACGAUGAAAACGUUAAGUUUUUCCAUGAUAAAAAUGAAACUGCAAGGAAAGAUAAGAAGAGGAAAGAGCAACCAGUGUUUCUUAAGGAUUACGAACGUAAUAUAAUCUUGGAAAAGGGUGGGAAAUUAAGUGACAGUGAAGAUGAAAAUGAAGAUAAUCGUCCUCAAUCACCAACAUAUGUAGAAGAACAAAAGAAGAUUAAAGAGAAUCUGAAAAAGGCUCUUGAUGGGGUUGAGGGAGAAGAUGACGAAAAUUGGGGUGGUUUAUUCCAGAAAAGGGUUAAAAGCAAGGAAGAAAUAACUAAGAAUGAUGAAGAUUUUAAGGAAUGGCUUGUAGGACAAAAGAAGCAAUUGAAUGAUAAAGCAACUGAAUCUGAGUUAAAACCAUUGAAGGAAUAUUGGAAUAAUCCUAAAUUGGAUAAGGGGGAACAGUUUUUAGAGAAUGAAGAUGAAAAUUAUAUCCCAACAUAUGAUGAAAUUGUCCAUUCUGAUGCUUCAUUAUCUGGUGAUGAGGAAGCCAUAGAAAAGCAGGAAGAGUUUGAGCACAAAUAUAAUUUCAGAUUUGAAGAACCAGAUCAGGAUUUUAUCAAAAGGUAUCCAAGAACAAUGGAGAACUCCCUGAGGUGGAAAGAUGAUAAAAGGUCUGUCAAAAGGCAAGAAACAAAAGAAAGAAAAGUAAAAGAGAAGGAAGAAAAAAUGAAAGACAUUAAGAAACUUCAAGAGUUAAAGCGCAAGGAAAUUGAAGAAAAAAUCGAAAAAUUAAAGGAAAUAACUGGUAAUACAGAUGUGGGUUUUCAAGAUGAUGACUUAGAUGGUGAUUUUGAUCCUGAAGCUCAUGAUAGAAGAAUGCAGGCUUUGUUUGAUAAUGAGUUUUAUGAAGGGGCUGAAGAUGAUCAAAAACCAGAGUUCCCUGAUUUGGACGAGGAACUAGAAAUUGAAAGAUGGGAUAGAUUUGAAGAAACUGACAAUGGAGAUAAUCUUCCACAUUGUGAAGAUGAAAAUUUUAAUAUGGAUUGUGACUAUGAUCCAAAUCAGUCAACUCAGGAUGAACUGAUGGAAAAUUCCAAAGGCAAAAAGAAGAAGAAAAGAAAAUCCAAAUUCGCUGAAGCCGUCAGUAAACCAAAACCAAAAUUCGAUCCAAAUGACAAAACUUACCAAAAAUACCUUGACGAAUACUAUGCUCUAGAUUGUGAGGAUAUUAUUGGAGACAUACCAUGUAGAUUUAAGUAUAGAAAAGUGGUUCCAAAUGAUUUUGGACUCACAACAGAAGAGAUUCUUAUGGCAAAGGACCGCGAAUUAAACAAGUGGUGCUCAUUGAAAAAAACAGUGCAAAUAAGACCUGACCACAUAGAAAAAUACGAUCAAAUUGCGUUUUCCAAAAAAGCUCAAAAUGUUGGCUUGAAGAAAAAAUUGUUACCCAGUUUGUUUGACGAAGAUAAAGAAGCACCAAGUACUUCAAAUGCUUCAGAAGAAACUAGUGAAAAUGAUAAGAGAAAACCAAGUAAGAUUAAUGGACCACUUGAAGAAAAAAUUGAUGAUGUUGGUAGUUCAAAAAUACCAGCAGAAAAAGAUGUGGUAGGAAAGAAGAAAGGCAAAGAGAAGCAAACUAAUGAAGACAUUACCAGUGGUUCAACUAAAUCAGAAGAAAUUAAUGAAGAUAAACAGGUUAGUGGUAAGAAGAAUAAGAGAAAGAUUAAGGAAGUGGUACUACAUGAAGAUACAGAGAUUAAAGAGAAUAAAAUUGAGCAAAUAAGUAAAGAAAAACCAGGUAAAACAAUAUCUUCACCUAAUAAAAAAAACAAGAAAAAGAAGAAAAAACAAAAGAAACCUACAGAAAAUUCUACUGAAGUGUCCACCACUACUGAAAAUGAUGGUAAAAGUACUAAAAACAUGAAUGCCAAUAAAAGAAAAAGAAAUAAUACCGAAAAUGGUAAACAGAAUAAGAAAUUUAAGAAAAAUAAUAAAAAUGAAAAAGAUAUUGGUAUUUCUGACGCCAGGUUACAAGCUUAUGGUAUAAAACCUAAAAAGUUUAAGAAUAAGUUAAAAUAUGGAAAUAAGAAUAGUAAUUAAGAAUUAAAUGUAUAUUAUUUUAUUAAAUUGUUAAGAAAAAA